AAUCAAAAUGGCAGCGAAAACCGUUAUCGCAGAUAUGGAUAGUAAUGGAAGCGACGAAACUGUUGGGCAUGAUGAAGCAGAGAUGGCAUUGGGCGGUAUGCACAUGUUGCUGAAUAAUGGUUUCGACGAAGCACAAUCACUUUUUGAGAGAUACAAAAAUGAAAGUGCUCUGAUGCAUGCUGGGUACAGUUUUGUUUACUUCAUGCAAGCAUUAAUGUCAUUUGAAGAGGAAAGAAUAGAUGAAGCAGUUAAAGUUUUACAAGAAACAGAGAAGGCUUGUGACAUAGAUUCUGGACUCUUCAAAUCUCUGAGGAAGAAAUUCAGGUCCAAGAAAAAGAAAGAGUCGGACCAACAAGUGAGUGUGGAGGAGCGUAUCCAGAGACAGGUGGUGGUAGCAGAUUCAUUGCUGUACCAGUCUAUACUGAUAAUGACAAGUCAGGACAUCCCUGGAUACAUGAAGGGGGGCUGGCACCUGCGCAAGGCCUGGAAAAUCUAUGAGAAACUUCAUAAGGAAGUUGUCAGUCUGCAGGACAAGCAAGCCAAACUCAAACAAAGCCGAUCAAAAAACAGUCUUCCUUCAGAUCGUGUCAACCCAACUCAGGACGGGGCUUAUGAUGACAAUGAAAAUGAACUCCCGGAGGAGGUUCUGUCUCGUCUGUUAGGGGCAGUGAACUUUGGUUUCGGAACAUUUCAGUUGUGUAUAUCUAUGGUCCCACCUAAAAUUUUAAAAUUGAUAGAAUUUCUCGGAUUUGAAGGGGACCGUGUUGCAGGACUAGCAGCCCUGGAUUAUACCAGUCGCAGUAAGGAUAUGAAAGCUCCCCUAGCAACACUCGGGUUACUAUGGUACCACACAGUAUUACGACCAUUUUUCGCUUUGGAUGGCGCUAAUGACUGUAGUGCUGGAACAGAAGAUGCAGAACAGAUUAUUGACAGUAAGGAGCGUGAGUUUGAACAUUCCUCUCUGUUCCUGUUCUUCAGAGGACGGAUAUGUAAACUAAGGCGUAAGUCAGAUGAUGCCAUGACAGUGUAUUGUCAGGCAUUAGAAGCAGCUGCUGGUCAGAGGGAAAUUGAACUUAUGUGUCAGUAUGAAAUAGGUUGGUGCAAUUUGAUGAAGCUAAACUACAGGGAAUGUCUCAACAACUUUAAACGGUUAAAAGAUGAAACCAAGUGGUCCAAAUGUUACUACACAUAUCUCAUGGGUGUUUGUCUAGGUGCUAUGGGAGAUUUACCUGCCGCAGAGCAGACUCUGAGGAAAGUACCAGGACUCCUGAAAAAGAAGAACCACCAGAUAGAGGCAUUCGUGUCACGGAGGGCAGAGAAAAUAAAGAAGAUGGUGUUAACACAGGAAUAUUGUCGACUUCUUACACUGGAACUUGUCUUCCUGUGGCAUGCCCUGCCUACCUGUACUCCAGAGGAACUUCAGCCCUACCUCACUGUGUGUGACAUGCAGACAGACAUCAAAUCCUUCCACCUUAAAUGUCUCCUAGAAGGAUCAGUCUUUAAAGAGCUUGGUGAAGAAGAACUGGCGAUCCAGUGUUUGGAGGAGGCACUAGCCAGACAUCAAGGCAUGAAGGAUGACCACCACAUAGCAGCAUUUGCCAACUUUGAAUUGGCCUCCAUCUACAUAAAGAAACCACAGACGGUGGGAAAAGCUAAAUCCAUGCUUCAAUACAUCAAGGACACCUACAAGGAUUAUGACUUCGAGAACCGCUUGACUGUGAGGAUUAAUAAUGCUUUACGACAGCUGAAGGAGAAAGGACCUCAGGCGUAAAGGAUCAAGUACUCUAGCAUCUACACAUUGGAUUCUUCCAUAAUUUGUUUUUAUUUUCUAACUUUAAUGGUUGAUGUGUCACUAGACAGACAGAGACUUUUCAUCAGGAUGUGAAAAAUAGGAGGUUGUCAAAUAAGGUCAAAUCCUAAGGAGUUGUAACAUUGACUUUUUCUUAUAUCACUGCGGUUAGGUGACAUCAACUACUUCCCUAAACUUUUGUAUGAUGUCCAAAUCCCCCAGCUCUGCGAUCUUUUCUAAAGUGUCUUUUGGGUUAGUGU